AUGCCAUUCACACCCUACUCUCCUUGCUCAACUCUGGGACUCUUCCCCAACCUUCUUCACUGCCCUUCUUCCCUAGCCGCUGGCCUUCUUGCCCUUCAUGAAAGCGGUGGUGCGAUGAGUGUGACUCGUGGGCCGGUUGUCAGGGAGGGCGUUCUCCGAUUGACAACAGCAGUGACAAGCGGCGCCACGCGUAAGCCUAUUCUCACGGAAGGCGUUUCUCCCAUCGAUGAUAUUGGCGGUAGUGCAUGA